CACAUCGUCUCGGACAAAGAUGCAGCCAAACGUGCUGCCCGCGCUCCGUCGAUAAGCCGAGACUUUAGGUGAAGAAAAGAGGACGAGAAGCGGUCAACAGGUGGUUGUUUCUGUGGGAACUGUGCACCGGUGCGCACCGCCAACAUGCUCUUACCGUCCGCCACACUGCUGCUGCUGCUGGCGGCUCUGUACUCCAGCCUCGACCUGACAGACGCUGAGGGAUGUGGGACAUCGUGUGGAAAAUGUGACUGCAGUGGUGUGAAAGGAGCAAAGGGUGAGCGGGGACUUCCUGGUCUUCAAGGUAACAUGGGAUUCCCAGGGAUGCACGGACCUGAGGGGCCUGCAGGGGCAAUGGGCCCCAAGGGAGAUAGGGGUGAGUUUGGUUCUCCUGGACUGAAAGGAGUGAGGGGUCCUCCUGGUCUGCCAGGCUUCCCAGGAAACCCAGGACUACCAGGCAUCAAUGGAAAUGAUGGUCCAUCUGGUCCACCAGGUAUCCCAGGAUGCAAUGGGACAAAAGGGGACAGAGGAAGGGAUGGCACUGCUGGUUUUCCUGGUCUUCAGGGGCCUCCAGGCACCCCGGGGAUUCCUGGAAUGAAGGGUGAUCCUGGUGGUGUGAUUGGCAUUGUGCCCCUGAAAGGAGACAGAGGAUUCCCUGGAACACUUGGAUUACCUGGAUCAAUUGGACCUGCUGGACCUAUUGGUCCUCCUGGACCUCGCGGCUAUCAAGGACUCAAAGGUGAUCCUGGUCCCCCUGGCCUUCCUGGAGAGAAAGGUGACAAACUAGCUUUUGUGAGUGAGAAAGGAGACAAGGGUGACCCAGGAUUUCGUGGACCACCCGGUCCCCCUGGACCUCCACAGGGAGUGGAAGGAAGUACGACAGUGCAUGUACCUGGACCACAGGGAGACAGAGGACCUGUAGGAGAGAAAGGAGAGAAGGGCAUUUGCACUGCUCUUCAGAGUGGUAUCAAAGGUGAACCUGGCCCACCUGGAUCAAGGGGUAAAGCUGGCAAGGAUGGAGAUGAUGGACCAAAGGGAGAUAAAGGUUACGCAGGGGUUCCUGGAUACACUGGUCCUCAGGGUGAAAAGGGAGAAAAAGGACCACCAGGUUAUGACACUGGUGCUUCUACACGUCCUGGUCCUCCUGGUUCACCUGGUUUUCCAGGGUUACAAGGAGAAAGGGGUUUUCCUGGUCCUCAGGGAGAAGCAGGUCCACCAGGGCGACACAUCGAAGGGCCUCGAGGAGAGAAGGGUGAGAAGGGCGAUGUAGGCGAGAAAGGAGAAAUGGGUGUAGAAGGAGAAUCUCUGGCUGGACCUCCGGGACAACCAGGAGCUGCUGGACCCCCUGGACCACCAGGACUCCCAAUUGACCCUGAUGCGUGUGACAUCCAGAAAGGGGAUCCUGGCCCACCUGGACCUCCAGGGUUACAAGGGGAAUUGGGACAGAAAGGUGACCGAGGAGAUACCUGUGUUCAGUGUGAAUCACUUGGCCCACCUGGAUUACCUGGUCCUCUUGGGCCUAAAGGAGAGCGUGGACCUCCUGGGCUAGUAGGAGGCAAAGGGGAAAAGGGUCAGUCUGGCUUUCCUGGACAACCUGGAAGACCUGGUUCUCAAGGUAGUCCUGGCCUUAUGGGAGCUCCUGGUGCUGUUGGGGAACCAGGGGACAUAUUCUUAGCCCCUGGUCUGAAGGGAGACAAAGGUCUUCCUGGUGUUGCUGGUUCACCGGGGCUGCCAGGGUUGAAUGGACAGCCAGGUAUAGAUGGCCGCCCAGGUGUACCUGGCCUCAAAGGAGAACCUGCCACGGAGGGCAUUAAGGGUGACCGUGGACCUUAUGGCGACCCUGGUCUUAUUGGACCCCCAGGAGAGAGAGGUCCCCCUGGUCUUCCAGGUGUUGGCCAACCAGGAGAGCCUGGAGAGAAAGGUGGCUCAGGGAGACCAGGAACUCCUGGAGCUGCUGGAGUUCCAGGUACUAAGGGUGAGCCAGGUGUGGGCGUGAGCUUUCCUGGACCUCAGGGAGUACCCGGACCACGGGGUGAAACCGGGAGACCUGGACUUCCAGGGGACAGAGGCUUGUCAGGAGAUUCUGGAUUGCCAGGUUUCCCCGGACAAAAGGGCGACCCAGGACAGCCUGGGAUUGGUUUUCCAGGGCAACCCGGUCCGAAAGGAAUUAGUGGAAUUCCAGGAGCUCCAGGAUUACCAGGAGAGCCAGGAAGACCAGGGAAGGACGGCUUGACAGGACUGCCUGGUACAUCUGGACAAAAAGGUGAACCAGGACGGGGUCUCCCUGGUCCAAAAGGGUUGCAGGGCGUCCCAGGGAUUCCUGGAUACCAGGGAGAGAAGGGUAGCAUCGGAAUGCCUGGAAUUCCUGGGAAUGAAGGGAAAACAGGACUACCAGGACCUCAGGGGACUAAAGGUGACAUUGGACCUCCAGGCGCUCCUGGACUGGCUGGCUUGCCAGGUGCACCAGGAAAAGGAUCACCUGGAGCUCCAGGACCACAGGGACCUCCUGGAGAGCCUGGACCAGCAGGUAGAGAGGGUGUAAAGGGAGAACAGGGUUUCCCUGGUCCUUCUGGUCUGGACAUGCCAGGGCCUCAGGGAGAGAAAGGACUCCCAGGAUUCCCAGGAUCUCCAGGUUCUAAAGGCCUGCCAGGGCCUCCAGGAUUACCAGGCAGGGAUGGUCUGAUUGGAAACCAAGGUCCUAAAGGUGAAAUGGGGGUCAUGGGGACACCAGGUACAACAGGAUUUCCUGGUCCAGCUGGUACAUCUGGAUCUCCAGGUCUGAGAGGUGAUCCUGGUAUCCCUGGACCAAGAGGUAGUAUUGGAGAGCCUGGACCAAAUGGAGAAAGGGGAGAACCAGGUAUUCAGGGACCUCCAGGGACCAUGAGCAAAGUCGACAUGGUGCAGAUGAGGGGGGAGAAAGGAGACAUUGGAGACAAAGGUGAUAGUGGAUUUGCUGGAGAGAAGGGCCACCGUGGAAUUCCUGGAAACCCUGGAAUGCCAGGCAAAGAUGGAGAUCCCGGAUUACGUGGGCAGCCAGGUGAGAAAGGAGAGCCUGGUUUUCCUGGAGAGCCUGGCAAUAUUGGACUCCCUGGACAGAAGGGCUCUGGAGGAGAAAUGGGAAUACCAGGUGUGGUUGGUCCAAAAGGUACAAAAGGAGAGACUGGUACACCGGGACAUCCAGGAUUCAGCGGCACAGAUGGACAGAAAGGAGACACGGGGGUACCUGGCGAGCCCGGUGUUGGUAUUCCAGGAUAUCCAGGAGAAAAGGGUCUGACAGGCCAACCAGGAUUUCCGGGAAUACCAGGAGAGAAGGGACAGAAGGGUGGUGAAGGAAUGCCUGGCAAACCAGGACUGCAGGGAUCCAGAGGAGAAAAAGGAACCCUUGGAUAUCCAGGUCAGCCAGGUAGACCAGGUGAGAAGGGGACUCCUGGGCUUCCUGGCUCUGCAGGAGAACCUGGUCAUGAUGGCCGGCCUGGUGAAGGUGGCUUGCAGGGAACGCCGGGUCCCCCUGGAGAGAAGGGAGAGCCUGGAUUGGACGGCAUUCCUGGAUCCUCUGGGGAGAGAGGCGACGCAGGUUUACCUGGCCGAGGUUUUGCUGGGCCACCUGGAUCUCUUGGUAUCAAAGGUGACAAAGGCAUCCCUGGCUUCCCUGGCACUCCAGGUCAACCAGGUGUCCCUGGUAUCAAAGGUGACAAGGGAUUUCCAGGCCCACUGGGACCACAGGGUGAGCCAGGAGAGAUAGGACUCCCAGGUAUCUCUCUAGAGGGUCCCAAAGGAGACAGGGGAGCGACAGGACAACCCGGAGAAGCAGGAGCCACAGGGUCACCAGGACCUGGUGGUGUGCCGGGCAGAUUUGGAGAAAAGGGAGAUAAAGGAGAUCAGGGUCCGCCUGGUUUCCAGGGAGAGACAGGACAGAAGGGGGACCCUGGAUCUCCUGGAUUUCCUGGACAAGCUGGUCUUCCAGGUGUUGAUGGACAGAAGGGAGAAAGAGGUUUACAGGGUGUCCCUGGCUUUCCAGGUGUAAAGGGGAGUGGUGGAGAUUUUGGUUUCAAAGGAGAGGUUGGAGACAGAGGAUUCCCAGGAGAAAAAGGUAAUGAAGGCCCUCCUGGUCCUCCUGGGUCUCACACCUUUGUAAAAGGAGACAUUGGGUUCCCAGGAAUUCAAGGUCUUCCGGGACCACAGGGUCCAUCUGGGUUUCCUGGACACAAAGGACAGCAAGGUGUGACAGGUAUUAUGGGGCCAAAAGGUGAAGAUGGCCUCCCUGGAUAUCACGGCCAGCCUGGAGCCAAAGGAGAGCUUGGUCUACCAGGGCCACAAGGACCCAGAGGAUACCCCGGUCCCCCAGGACCUGACGGUGUUCCAGGUCAACUGGGCCCACCCGGCCCCUCCUCUAUGGACCAUGGGUUCCUGGUAACACGUCACAGCCAAACUGUGGAAGUGCCAUUUUGUCCUGAGGGAACCUCACUCAUAUAUGAUGGCUACUCCUUGCUCUACGUACAAGGCAAUGAACGGGCUCAUGGACAGGACUUAGGUACGGCAGGCAGCUGUUUGAGAAAGUUCAGCCCCAUGCCCUUCCUCUUCUGUAACAUCAACAACGUGUGCAACUUUGCCUCUCGUAAUGACUACUCCUAUUGGCUGACCUCCCCUGAGCCCAUGCCCAUGAGUAUGGCACCUAUCACUGGUGAAAGCAUCAAACCCUUCAUCAGCAGGUGUUCUGUGUGUGAAGCUCCAGCUAUGGUGGUAGCAGUGCACAGUCAGUCCAUCAUGAUUCCUGCGUGCCCUCGCGGCUGGGCCUCUCUUUGGAUCGGUUACUCUUUCGUAAUGCACACCAGCUCUGGUGCUGAGGGUUCAGGUCAGGCUCUGGCCUCUCCUGGUUCCUGUCUGGAAGAGUUCCGCAGUGCGCCAUUCAUCGAGUGUCACGGGCGUGGAACCUGCAACUACUACGCCAACUCUUACAGCUUCUGGCUUGCCACCAUCGAAGACAAUGAGAUGUUUUCGAAACCUGUCCCAACAACUCUAAAGGCAGGCAGUCUCCGAACACACAUAAGCCGCUGUCAGGUGUGCAUGAAGCGGACAUAAAGCCCAACACCGGAGUCCUCUCUCCUAAUGUGCAAGCAAUACCGUGUGCAAUGACGACCUCAACUUGGCCUUAACUCCUGCUUUGAAAGGAUGGUGCUAUUUCCCUGCAUGUGUGAGAGGAGAGGGGCAGAGACGUGGUCUGCAAAACAUCCAGAGAUCGAACUUUACAAGCCCACUACACGGAGACCAAGCGGCCUUUUGCUCUAUGCAGAAACACUUCACUAACAUGAUCACAACACGUCUCCAAGGAAUGGCACCCAUGUUACCACUGCACUGAGUACAUGCCCACUAAACUGGUAAAUGAGUGAUCAUCUUCAAAGGAUUGUUUGUGUAAGUCAGGUGCUAUUGAAUCUUACUUAUCUGCCUUAUGCUAUUUUGUUUCUUUGUUUCCCUUCCUACAAAUGCUACAACAUCCAAAGAUAUAGCUGCAUUCAUAUUAUAGAGUUUCACAUCUUAUCACUUGUUACUAAUGUAAAAGUCGGGACUUACCACUGGUUAAAGAAGCUUGUUGACCACCACAGAUAUAUAUAUAGCAAUCACUCUGUUGUAAAUAUAAUGCAUUCCUGUUUAACAUAGUUCAACAUACUCUCCUCAGGUUAUUAUUGAAUUUCUUUGUGUGUGUUUUAGCUUCAUUCCUAUUUAUAAAAUGUAUGAGAAUAUGUUGGACUUCGAUUUCACUGAUCCAAAACCGGUGCGCUUUAACAUCUGACGACAACCAGCGCCUUACUAACAUAGCAUUGGCAGGUGUGUGUAUGUGUAUAUAUAUAUAUAUAUGUGUGUGUACAGUAUGUAUGGGUGUUUGGGCUGCUUGGAAUUGGUGUGUGUGUGUGUUGUGAUGUUUGCGUUUAGAGUAUAUUGUUGCACGACCCUGUUGUUGGUAUAAUUCAUAACAAGUGCACAAAAAGGAAAAGACAAGAAAAUAAAUAAAAAAUGAUCUUUACUGUCAAAACAUUUACUCCUCUCACAUCAAGUGAACCAAAUCUAUCGAUCUUUGGUCCGCACAUGCACAUGUAUAUAUGUACUUACACAUAACAUGUACUUGCUAUUCUGCUCAUGUACUUCCGACUGUUGCCAUGUGUGAAUUACCUUUUGCUCUCCCCAUUGACUUUAUGCAGAAACAUUUUUUUAAUUAGAGUAAAGGGUUAAUCAUGUCGUGGCUGCACGUUCAAGUUAAGCUCAUACAGGCGAGGAGGGUUGUAUUUAUAAGUGUCUCUGCAGGUUUGGAUGUUUCAAAUGGUCUUAAAAUAGGUUUGUAUUUUCUAUGCAGUAUUUUGAGGUAACCUCAGUCUUACAAGUCAAUACAAGAAAGGCCUCCUGAACAGAUUUGUUUCUAUGUCCCUUUCACAGCAACUAAAACGUGCUAAGUUUUCGACUGUUAAACAUAUAGCAGUUACUAUGCAGUGACCAUAACCUGUUUAUAUUUGUUGUGCUUGGUUAAUAAAAUGCUCCAUGAAGUAAAUACAGCACUGGCAUAUUUUGCCAUGAUAAGACACAUUUGAUUUUUUUCUUCUUCUUUUUUUAACGCGUAACCGCUCAACAAUCAAAACUAAGAAUACAUCACUGACAUUUUAUAUUUUCCAGAUCUCAUACUGUGUAAUUCCUGCAAUAAAGUUGAUUUGUAGAAUUA